AUGGCAGCGACGGAGGCAACUAGCAACCAAGAUGACAGCAAGCAGCUGGUUAUCAUCGUGGUUUCCGUCAUACUCAUGGUCAUCUCGUUCGUUGGAACAAGCUUAAGGCUAUACGCACGUCUGGCGAUCAUUGGAAAAGUAUUCGCAGAGGACAUCCUCGUUGCUAUUGGAACACUGCUUACAUUGGUCUCGGAAAGCAUAACACUCGGAUUCGUGAUCUUGGUCCUUUACGUGGCCACGGCAAUCUUGACCAAGAUCUCCUUCCUCACUCUAUACCUGCGUUUGGACCAAAGAACACCGAUGCGAUUUGCGGUCUACUUCUUAAUGGGCUGCGUCGCAACUGUGAAGAUCAUCUUCAUGGUGGUACAACCCUUUACCUGCACACAUCCGACACUUUUCUGGUCUCGUCAAGGAGCACUCCAAGGCCAAUGCUGGAGCCCGCAAGACGUGCAAUACCUCUACAACGUCACAGGUAUCCUGACGAUCGUCGUCGCCGCCGCAAUCAUCUCAACACCACUACCCAUGCUUCACGGUCUGGAACUACCGAAUCCGGAUGUUUCAGAUGUUACUAUCUCUGGGAUCUCAUGA